CUCCAUCACACCUUCGCUCUGCAUCGUCAAUUCCCGUCUCCCACUCCCUCUACAUCGGCCUGUUAGCUAUAGACGCUUUUGGCUACUUGGUUAUCACAUAUCCUGAACGAGUCGCGCCGCUUUACGCAUAUAGCAACCAUGCCAGAGCUCCCGGAAGUCGCCCGCAUCGUGCACUUCCUGAAGAAGCAUGCCGUCGGACGGAUGGUAAGGUCUGUCAAGACUCAAGAAGACAACAUCGUCUAUGGCAAAGUCGGGACUUCAGCGGAUGCCUUCCAAAAAGCCAUGACCGGGAAGAAGAUCAUCGACGCCCGUCAGCAAGGAAAGUAUUUCUGGCUCGAGAUGGACUCUGCGCCGCAUCCGCUCAUGCACUUUGGAAUGUCUGGCUGGAUGAAGUUCUCAAACGAUGCGACCGCGUACUACCGGCCCGGCAAGGGAGAGGAAGAUCAGUGGCCGCCCAAGUUCUGGAAGUUCAUUCUAGUGCUGGAAGGAGAACCGGAGUGCGAGGUUGCUUUCGUCGAUGCGCGAAGGCUAGGCAGGAUCAGGCUGGUAGACACAAAGGCUGAGGAAAUGCGGAAGACAACGCCGUUGAAGGAGAACGGGCCCGAUCCAUUGCUCGACCCUGACGUGUUGACGGUGGAGUGGUUGACGAAGAAGCUGAGGAGUAAGAAGGUGCCUGUGAAGGCACUCCUACUGGAUCAAGCGAACAUUAGCGGCAUCGGAAAUUGGGUUGGCGACGAGAUCAUGUACCAAGCUCGGCUCCACCCCGAGCAGUACAGCAACACCUUCAGCGACGAGCAAGUGAAGCGCCUCCACGACGCAAUGAUGUAUGUCUGCAAAACGGCGGUCGACGCGAAUGCAGAGUCCGAGCGAUUCCCUGAAGACUGGCUGAUGAAGCAUCGAUGGGACAAGGGCAAGAAGAAUGGGGGAAAGUUACCUAACGGUGCUAAGAUCACAUUCUUGAAGGUCGGCGGACGGACAUCGGCUGUCGUGCCCAGCGUGCAGAAGAAGACUGGCGCUGUUGCCGGUGAUGUCUCGGAGGAUACGAAUGGCGCCGAGGAGGAAGAGGAAGAGGAAGCGCCCAAGGCGAAGAAGGGUGGCAAGAGGAAGAGCAAGGCUGCUAAGGAAGAUGAGGAUGAGAAGGAUGAAGUCGAUGACGAGGAAGAGGAGACACCUGCACCGAAGAAGCAGAAGAAAGCGGCCAAUGCAACAUCACGGAAGGGGAAGAAGGAGGACCCAGCCAAGAGCGAAGACACGACCGGGAAGCGCCGAUCUGGUCGGCUUUCCAAGAGUUAGAUCCCGCCCGCUGGAAGGCCUACACAUGCGUUGGAGUUGGCUAUGAGACGGCACGGUGGACGGGCUUGUUUGGCUGGAUACUGUAUUAUAGGUCUCAUGGCCUGAUUAUAAACUAUAUCGUACAUCACCGCCGGCGUUUUGGCAUCUUCGCGUGGUUGUUCAGCUAGAGCAUAGACGUGGUCGACGACCUUGGUCUGUACUUACUGAUG